AUGGCUAGUGUCAAAGUGGACAUACCCCUUACUAUCCCACGAUCAAAGCAAGAUCUAUCUGAUAAUGUAGUUCGUAUUGGACUAUGCUUUCUUGGUUGGCUAGUGUUGUACUUUUUCAUGGGUAUACUUUCGAAAAUAUUGAUACCUCAAGUUAGAACACUCAAACCGAAGGAACAAAUGUUUUGGCAAUUGGCAUGGGUACGUGCGGUGUGUGGCACGUUAGUGGCAUGGGCUGCUUAUUUGACUUUCGUUGACGAUCGUCUUGAUCGUGAUCAUGUGCUGGCAACUACCGAUGCAUCAUGGACAUUCAUUUGUGUUCUAACAGGUUUCUUUAUAUUCGAAGAAGCGACAUUGAUUUAUUUCGAUGUAAGAUAUCACACAUUUUCCAAGGAAUUGCAUAUGCAUCAUUUAUUUGCAUUCAAUGGUUUCUUUUUCGCUGCUUGGUAUAAUUCUGGUCAUUAUUAUGCAGCAAAAGCGUUCAUACUCGAAGCUAGCACGAUAUCUUCAUGUAUCUGUUGGUGCUUGUUGAAGUUCAAACUUGAAAAGACCAAAGUAUGGAAAAUCAAUCAAAUGAUCCUAAUUCACAUAUUUCAUUUACGUUCCGUUUAUGAAAUGUGGUGGUGGUAUGACAUUUAUCGAGAUUGGGCAAAUAUCAAAGAAAAUCUUGCCAUCGCGUAUACAGUUAAUAUGAUGUUAGGUUUAGCAAUCGUUAGUUUCUGGUUAACACCAUAUUGGACAUAUAAGAAGACAGUACAAUACUUCUAUCCAUCUGAUUUCAAUAUGGACAAGAAAGCAAAGAAAUCCGAUGAAAUUGAUAAAACAUCAUAG